UCUCAAAAAUUGAAAAAACAAAAAGUUUAUGUGCUCAUAACUGUUCUCCCACAUAAGUCCAAAACAAAUCACUUUAUUCUUCUUCUUCAAUCUCUCUCCCUCCCUCGCAUCGAUUUUCAAUUUCGUAAUCUUUGCCAUCGUUGAAACGCACAGAGAUAGAGAGAGAGAUAGAGAGCUCCUCCUCCUCUCUUUUGUUUCCUUGAUCUCGAUUCUCCCCAGCACAGUUCCGUCUCCAGUUAAUCAAAUCAUACCGAGGUUAUCGCUGAUCUCUCGCAGUUUCGGGUAAACAAGCGAGAUAGAGUUUAUAAGGCUAAAUCCGUUAAGUUGAUUUUCUCUGGAUCUUCCCGGGAGCUCUAAGGGAAAAAGGGAUGAAUGAAUAUUGGGUUCCCAAAACCUCUUGUUGUUAAGUUGAACAAGUAGUUGGAGAGACGAAUAAAGAGACAUGAGAAAGCAUCUGUUUAGAGAGACCUUGAAGUCUUUCUUUGAGCCUCAUUUUGAUCAUGAGAAAGGUGAAAUGCUUAAAGGAACCAAAUCUGAAAUAGAUGAAAAGGUGAAGAAAAUCUUGGGAAUGGUUGAGAGUGGAGACAUCGAUGAAGAUAAAUCUAAACGACAAGAGGUUUCCGAGUUAGUGAAUGAAUUCUACAAGGAGUACCAGUCACUAUAUCACCAGUACGAUGAUCUAACGGGAGUGAUUAGGAAGAAGGUCCACGAGAAAGGAGAAAACUCUUCUUCAUCAAGCUCAGACUCGGAUUCUGACCAUUCUUCGAAGAAGGAGACCAAGAAAAAUGGAAAAGUAGAGACAGAUGGCUUGAAGCAACAAAUCGAAACUGCGAAUCAGGAAACUGCUAAUCUGAGAAAUAAGUUGACAGCGAGCGUUGAAGAAAAAGAAGCAGUAGAUUCUGAGCUUGAAGCAGCUUUGGUGAAGUUAAAAGAAUCAGAAGAGAUCAUCAGCAAUCUGAAACUUGAAACUGAGAAGUUAGAGGGCGAAAAGACAACAGCUUUGAGUGAUAGCCGAGAACUACGUCAGAAACUGGAAGUUGCUGGCAUAACAGAAACUGAUCUGAACCAGAAGCUAGAAGAUAUGAAAAAAGAAAGAGAUCAACUGCAAACUGAGAUAGACAUUGGUAUCAAAAGAUUUCAAGAAGCUGAAAAAAUUGCAGAAGACUGGAAAACAACGAGUGACCAACUUAAAGAUGAAGCUACUGAUUUCAAGCAGCAGCUAGAAGCAGCAGAACAGCGAGUUUCUGAUCUGACCCGCGGAAUGAGUAGUGCAGAGGAAGAGAACAAAUCUCUAUCCUUGAAAGUUACAGAGCUUUCCGGUGAGAUCCAACAGGCACAGAAAACCAUACAAGAACUCACUUCCGAAUUGGGAGAGGUGAAAGAAAAAUACAAGGAAAAGGAGAGUGAGCACUCUAGUUUGGUGGAGUUACAUGAGACCCAUGAGAAAGAAUCAUCCAGUCAAGUCAGAGAAUUAGAAGCACGAGUAGAAUCAUCAGAGAAGUUGAUUGCAGAUUUAACCCAAAACCUGAAUAAUGCAGAGGAAGAGAAGAAACUGCUCUCCCAGAGAAUCUCAAAGGCGCAGAACACCAUACAAGAACUCAUGUCUGAGUCUGAACAGCUGAAACAGAGCCACAGUGUGAAAGAGAGAGAAAUUUUCGGUUUGAAGGACAUCCAUGAGACUCAUCAGAGAGAAUCAUUCACCCGAACCAGUGAAUUAGAAGCUCAACUGGAAUCCUCAGACAAGCGGGUCUCAGAUUUAAGUGCGAGUCUGAAGGCUACAGAAGACGAAAACAAAGCUAUCUCCUCGGAAAAUGCUGAAACUCUGGACAAGCUUGAACAGGCGCAAAAGACUAUACAUGAACUCAUGGCUGAACUGGGGGAGUUGAAAGACCGACACAAAGAGAAAGAGAGCGAGCUUUCUAGUUUGGUGGAGAUACACGAAGCGCAUCAGAGAGAUUCAACAAGUCGAGUGAAAGAGUUAGAAGCGCUGGUGGGAUCAGCAGAGCAACAGGUUGCAGAUAUGAAGCAGAGUUUGUACAAUGCAGAGGAAGAGAAAAAACUGCUCUCUCAGAAAAUCUCAGAUAUUUCUACCGAGAUUACAGAGGCACAAAACACCAUACAUGAACUCAAGUCUGAGUCUGGACAGUUGAAAGAGAGCCACGGUGAGAAAGAGAGGGAACUUUCUGGUUUAAGGGACAUCCAUGAGACUCAUCAAAGAGAAUCAACCACCCGAGUAAGUGAAUUAGAAGCUCAACUAGAAUCAUCGGAACAGCGUGUCUCAGAGAUGAGUGUGAGCCUGGAGGCUGCAGAGGAGGAGAACAAAGCUAUAUCAUCGAAAAUUUUGGAAACUACAGACAAGCUCGAACAGGCACAGAACACCAUUGAAGAACUAAUCGCUGAAUUGGAAGAGAUAAAAGAAAGGUACAAGGAAAAGGAGAGUCAGCAUUCUAGUUUGGCGGAGUUACAUGAGACCCAGCUUAGAGAAUCAGCGAGUCAUGUAAAACAAUUAGAAGCGCAAGUGGAAGCAUCAGAGAAAUUGGUUGCAGAUUUGAGCCAAAGCUUGAACAAUGCAGAGGAAGAGAAAAAGCUGUUAUCUCAGAAAAUAUCAGAAAUCUCCAAAGAGAUUCAAGAGGCGCAGAACACCAUACAAGAACUUGUGUCUGAGUCUGAACAGUUGAAAGAGAGCCACAGUGUGAAAGAAAGAGAAUUCUCGGGUUUAAGGGACAUCCAUGAAACUCACCAGAGAGAAUCAUCUACUCGCACGAGUGAGUUAGAAGCUCAACUGAAAUCAUCAGAACAGCGGGUCUCAGAGUUGAGUGCGAGUCUGAAUGUUUCAGAGGAAGAAAGCAAGUCCAUGUCCUCGAAGAUCUUGGAAACUUCAGACGAGCUCAAACAGACGCAGAACAAGGUACAAGAACUAAUGGCUGAAUUGGCAGAGUCGAAAAGUAUACACAUACAAAAAGAAAGUGAGCUUUCUAGUUUGGUGGAGGUACACGAGGCACAUAAGAGAGAUUCAUCAAGUCGAGUGAAAGAAUUAGAAGCACUGGUGGAAUCAGCAGAGCAACGAGUUAACGAUUUGAACCAGAGCCUGAACAGUGCUGAGGAGGAGAAGAAAAUGUUAUCUCAACGAAUUUCAGAAAUGUCGAAUGAGAUCAAGCAGGCGGAGAACACCAUACAAGAACUCAUGUCUGAGUCUGGACAGUUAAAAGAGAGCCACAGUGAGAAAGACAAGGAACUUUUCAGUUUGAGGGAUAUCCAUGAGACUCAUCAGAGAGAAUCAUCCACUCAACUAAGAGAUUUAGAAGCGCAACUGAAGUCAUCUGAACAAAGGGUUUCUGACCUGAGUGAAAGUCUGAGGAUUGCAGAGGAAGAAAACAAAACCCUGUCGACUAAAAUCUCAGAUACUUCAGAGGAGCUCGAAAGGGUACAGGUCACGUUACAGGAACUCACAGUUGAGUCAAGCAAACUGAAAGAGCAGCUUGCUGAGAAAGAAGCUGAACUUUUACAUCUGACAGAGAAGGAAAGCAAAUCACAGGUGCAAACUAAAGAGCUAGAAGCAACAGUAGCGACCCUUGAGCUGGAGCUACAGUCAGUUCGUGCUCGUACAGUAGAUCUUGAGACAGAGAUUGCAGGCAAGACCACUGAAAUUGAGCAACUGGAAGCGCAAAACAGAGAAAUGGUUGCUAGAAUCUCGGAACUUGAGAAGACAAUGGACGAGAGAGGAACUGAACUCUCUGCUUUAACCCAAAAACUUGAGGAUAACGAGAAGCAAUCAUCGUCCACAAUCGAGAGUUUGACAGCUGAGAUCGAUGGCCUAAGAGUAGCACUAGAUUCAGUGUCUCUUCAAAAAGAAGAGUUAGAGAAACUAAUGGAGAGCAAAGGCGAUGAAGCUUCAAUUCAGAUUAAGGGUUUGAUCGAUGAGAUCAAUGGUCUGGGCCAGAAAGUAGCGUCACUUGAAAGCCAGAAAGCAGAACUUGAGAUUCAACUUGAAAGGAAGUCCAAGGAGAGCUCUGAAUAUAUGAGUCAGAUUACAAAUCUAAAAGAGGAGAUCAUAAGCAAGGUCAAAGAUAACGAUAAUAUUCUAGAAGAGAGAAAUGGUUUAGCUGAGAAGAUCAAGGGUCUUGAAGUUGAGAUAGAGACUCUACGGAAACAGAGAAGUGAGCUUGAUGAGGAGCUAAGAACUAAAACAGAAGAGAUGGUUCAAAUGCGCGAUAAGAUUAACGAAUCAUCGGCUGAAACAGUGGCCUUAACGGAACAGAUAAACAAUCUGCAGCACGAACUUGAUUCACUGCAGGUGAAGAAGAGUGAAACCGAAGCAGAGCUUGAUAGAGAGAAGCAAGAGAAAUCAGAAUUGUCUAAUCAGAUCACUGAAGUCAAAAGAGCAUUGGUAGAGCAAGAAACUGCUUACAAUAUGCUGGGAGAGGAACACAAAGAGAUCAACCAACUGUUAAAAGAACGGGAGGAGUCACUUAAUAAGCUAGCAGAAGAUCACAAAGAAGCCCAAAAAUUGUUGGAGGAGACAGGCAAUGAAGUAACAUCCAGAGAUUCUGCAAUCGCAGGUCAUGAAGAAACGAUGGAGAGUUUACGUAACGAGCUGGAAAUGAAAGGAGAAGAGAUAGAAGCUCUCGUGGAGAAAAUCAGUAACAUCGAGGUUAAGCUUCGUUUAUCGAACCAGAAACUGAGGGUAACCGAACAGAUGUUAACAGAGAAAGAGGAAACUUUCAGAAGAGAAGAAGCUAAGCACAUAGAGGAACAAGCAUUGCUUGAGAAAAGCCUCACGGUGACUCAUGAGACAUAUCGAGGUAUGAUAAAAGCGAUAGCUGAGAAAGUGAACGCAACACUUGAUGGGUUUCAAUCAGUGUCGGAAAAAAUCACGGAGAAGCAAGGAAAGUACGAGAAGACGGUAAUGGAGGCAUCUAAAUUACUGUGGACUGCUACAAAUUGGGUGAUAGAGAGGAAUCACGAGAAGGAGAAGAUAAAGAAAGAGAUGGAGAGGAAAGAAGAGGAGAUAAAGAAGCUUGGAGAAAAGGUACGAGAAGAUGAAAAGGAGAAGGAGACGAUGAAGGAGACUUUGAUGGGACUUGGAGAAGAGAAAAGAGAAGCUAUAAGGCAAUUAUGUGUGUGGAUAGACCACCAUAGAGGUCGCUGUGAAUAUCUUGAAGAGAUUUUGUCUAAGACUGUUGUGGCUCGAGGACAAAGACAGUCGCAGCGAGCCUAAGAGCUCGUGUCAUCAUCGGAGACCGUACGGUACGUUGCAUUUCUUUCCCCACCUUACAUGAAUUCAAACAAUGUAUAUGUGGUUCUUAGGUUCUGGUCAAACAAGAAGUUGAACUUUCGGAAAACUUCUGGUCGAGAGGAUAUUUUUGGUGUGUUUGUGUAAUUCCUUUUGCAUUAAUAUUCGUUGGCCCUGUGUUUGUUGCUGUAGUUUUUGUAAGUCAAAUUGUUCUUUUUUUCUUUGUGGGCAAAGUUUGUUUGGUGGUGGGAUUUAAUGGGAACUAGAUUUUGACCCGCCCUUAAAAGGGCGGGUAUAUGUUUUGUUUUACAUUUAAAAAAAAUAAUUUUAAUAUAUGUAUUUUAGUUAUAUUUA